CAGCCCGUGGGACCAUGAAGACCGUGAUGGCUCUGCUGCUGCUCUGUCUGUGUCAUCCUGCACAGAGUGACUGCCAGGCAGACUGCCUGUCCUGCAGCAACAUCCUGCCCAAACAGAUCACUUUCAACACAGUGGUGUGUCUCUCUGAGUGUGAAGGCGACGUCUCCCCUGCUUUCUACCGAGACUUCUGUCGUAAAGUGAUGUCCUCUCCGUUGUCCUCGCUCACAGGUAUGAAGCCGAAAAGAUCUCAGGAGGAGGCCGAGGCCCUGUUUCCUGAGGAGGAGGAUCAGCAGGCGGAGGGAGGCCUGUUGCUUCCUGUUGCAAUGCAACGCUUUGAUCACAUGACCCGGGCACUCGGGGUCAAAGGCAGCCAGAUGAACUCAGCCUACAACUCCCAGAAUGCCCUGUCCCUUGAGGAUGAGUAUGAGGAGGAGGCCGGGCAGGAAGAAGGGGCAGCUGACAUGGUGGCGAGAGGACAAGGGGAUUUAGGUCUGAGCGUCUCCAAGAGGUUUGGAGGCUUCGUGAAAGGGAGGCACGGCUACAGGAAGCUGGUCUCUCCAGGACGAUCUUACCAGAAGAGGUACGGAGGAUUCAUCGGCAUUCGGAAGUCGGCACGCAAGUGGAACAACCAGAAACGUUUCAGCGAGUUCCUGAAGCAGUACCUCGGGAUGAGUACUCGGGCCACUGAGUUCAACAGCGUGUCAGAGGACCUCACCCAACAGAACCAGGUUUAGAACCUUGAAGCCGCUGACGUGAAUUCUUGAUGUGUUUUCAAUGAUCUUGUUUUGUAUUUCAGUCACCGACAUAUCGACAUUUUUCUGAUGUCACCACAGUUGACCAUUUAAAUCAUUUAAACUUAAAACUGAGGCUGAAACCUGAAGCUGUGUUCAGACUGACAGUAAAUCAAUCUCAUGAGUUAAAGCUCCCAUGAGGAACUUUUGGUUUGUGUUAACUUUGGCGCCCCCUGUGAGUUUUGCUUUAUUUAAAAGAGUCACAAACAUGAGCUACGUAGAUAUUCUCUGUCAGCUGAAGGUCUGCGGGUGUUUCUGCCAUAGUUUCAUGACCGAGGGGAGAGAAAGAUUAGACAGGCAUGCCUGCUGUUGCUAUGGGGAUUUCAGACGCUGUCCAGGUAGGAUCAGUUGUACAAUCAAACGUCAGAAAAGCCUCUCGUGCCUCAGCGUACACUGCACGACUAACAACACACGAUCUGCAUGAAACUUCAAAAUCAUCGGCUUUAGUCGUGUUCUAACUAGAGAAACUCUCCUUGGUUUUGUUCAGCCCAAAGACUGCCUAAACCCACACAGGUCCACAGACAAGGGAGGUAAACAGAACACAUGAUGCUCUGUUGAUAAUACUUAUGGUUUAUUUCUAACUAAAGCAGAAAAACAUGACAGCAGUUUGCUUUACUCUCAGUCUGAACACGGCUGAAGACUCUUUAUCAGGACUCCAGCAGCUUCAGUCUUUAGCUCUGAUAACAGAUCCAUAACCCUCCAAGGGACCCGAGUCAUUCAGAGUCCUCAUUCAAGGCCCCCCUUGUGGGACUGACCCCAUUGAUUGGCUCCAGAAGCCGUUUUCCUCGUAAGAUAAGAUAAGAUAAGACAAGAUAAUCCUUUAUUUAUCCCACAAUGGGGAAAUUUACAUUGUUACAGCAGCAA